CUGAUCUCUGUUUUAAAUCUUCUACCCACUGUCCUAAAACUCUUGUUUUAGAUUGCCCCACAUAAGAUAACAUUCUUUUUUACAUCUACUUUGUCAAAUCCCCCCUUAGCAUCUUACACACCUCCAUUAGAUCUGCUGUUAUUCUUCUAAACUGCAGGGAACAUAAACCUAAAAUGCUCAGUCUCUCCUCAUAAAGCAUGCCUUUCAUCUCUGGAAUUAAUUUAGAGAAUUUGCUCAGAUUUGUCUCCUAUACAUCUAAAUUCUUCCUCAAGUAAAGGAAUGAAAUUAUUCAGAUAUUAAAACUGACUACAUUGCCCAGAGUACCCAGCAACGACCGGAAGCUGCUAACUGAAAACGAUUGAUGGGAUUUCUUCAGCAUUCACUUACUUUACUUGCUUUCCCGACAUUGAACUGUUGAGAUAAAGCGGUUGGAGGUUUUUAAAAACUCAAAUCUGAAAUAUCCGGAUCUGCUCGAGCUUGAGCGCGGCCCGCGGUUACCCUGACAACGCGCAGAAGGUAGGCCGCAGGCGGCGGAUCCCAUCAUAGAAGCGGACUGGGAUUUCUGUGAUAACUCUAUGGCCAUACCACCCCCUGAUCCAAAGUUUGUGCUUCGCGGGACUGGAGCCUCAAUAAAUACUCUGCAUUUCUGCUGCAGUGAUCAGGAGGACUGGAAUCCAAUCCUCUUCUCAGGCUCAGCCAAUGGACAAAUACAUAUUUGGAACUUAAAGACCCACAGAGCAGAUAAAGUGUUGGAAAGCCACAACAAACAGUCUGUUUUAUGGAUUCAUACUUUGCAAGGGAGGAAUGGUCUCAUCAGUCAAGGUCGUGAUGCAGCAGUCUCCACUUGGGACCUGUCAGAAGGGCGCACUGCAGUGAUAGACUCCAUUCCUUUGGAUAGUUAUGGAUUCUGCCAGUGCUCACUAAUGCAAGAAGGUGUUGGCCAUUACCUUCUUGCUUCCCCAGGCAGCACCUCCUCAGAAGUAAAGAUUUUAGACUUACCUAAGAAGACGCCAGUCUGGGUGCUAAAGCCGCCAGCAGAUGCUAAAUUGGGCAUGCCUAUGUGUCUGAAACUGUGGCAGCCUCCUUCCGGUUCUCGGCCUUUGUUACUGGUUGGAUAUGAGAAUGGGUCUUUGACCCUCUGGGACCUAUCAGAAAAGAAAAUGUUGAGCCAUCUUGCCUGCCACAAUGAACCAAUCAUGUGUCUUGACUUCGACCCAGAGAGGGCCAAGGGUAUCUCUGGCUCCUCAGAAAAGCUUCUCAGUUCCUGGGGACUUGACAACCAACAGAAUCUUAAGUUGCAGAAUGCUGUAACAUUGGUAAAUGCUGGAAUAGCUGAUACCUGCAUUCGCCAAGACAAGAAGAUAUUAGCUACAGCAGGUUGGGAUCAUCGGAUCCGUAUCUUUGGCUGGAAGAAGCUGAAACCCCUGGCGGUUCUACAGUACCACAUAGCCAGUGUACACUGUGUGACAUUCUCAGACCAUGUUGUUCCAUGUGAAAGAUUAAUGGCUGCAGGAUCUAAAGACCAGCGCAUAAGUUUAUGGUCUGUCUACAACAAGCCAUGACAGAGUUAAUUUUGUACAGAAGUUUCAUUCAUAUUCUGACUAAGCUGAAGACUGAGCCAUAUUGCUUGAUUGAUGAUGGAUGAUCUGAGUCAGCUUGUGUGCAUUUUGUACUGAAUUUUUGUUAUGGUUGUAAUCUUAUUAUUUUCUUCAUGAGCUGUCUCUUAUUGAAUUGAUAUUUAAAGAAAAUAAAAGAAAGAGCUUAUGUUUAUAUAGCAGCUUUCAUAUUCUCAUGACAUCCUGGAAAUAUUUACUUUUAAAUUAAAAUUGCUGUUGGUUUGUAGGCAAGUACAGCAGUUAAUUUCUGGACAGCAAUUUUCCACAGAUAGCAAUGAGAUGAGUAAUCCUUUGAUGGAGUGCAAAGGAGGAAUAAACUUUAGUUAGAACAUCAUAAGAAAUGCCAGCAAUACAUUGAAUGGUGCCAUGAGAGUAA